CUUCCACAUGAUGGCCUCUCCUCAGCUUGGUAGCCCGACGCGCGACUCGCCACCGAAAGCAUUGUCCCGUACUCCAGAGCCUUCCUCUUCCUCGUCAUAUGCCUCUGCUCAAGAGGUCCCUGAGACAAGGUCCAUGACUUUUAAGCGACUCCGAUCGUCAUUGGAGCAAAGUUUGAAGACCGCAACACGUUCCAGAGCAAAAGUCCUGCCACCUGUUGAUGACUUCGCAGCCGUCUCCGUCAAGGGUAAAGGCAAGGAGAAAGAGCCUGAAAGCCACGUUGCUGUGAAAGGGCAGGAGAAGGAUAAGAUCCUGUCCGGCAUGCUGAGACGGUUGGAAUCAAGGGUGGGACUGCGCAGAACUGCACGGGUGUCGACAUCGACAUCGAUCCCCCUUGACGCAAGUCACGUCAAUGCGAUUGGAGCGCCUGCUGCCAGUGGUAAUAACGCGGAUGUAGUCACCAAGUCACGCCAGCCUGGAUUCACGAGUUUUGCUACCCCAUCCCUGUGGCAGGCAUCCGUGUCUUCACCUGUUCUCCAUCUCUCAUCCCAAAAUUUGCCGUCGGGUCCGUCGCAACCUGCAGCAAUGGCGCCAUUAUCAAAUACAGGCCCUAUCACACCUGCACGCGAUCGCACGCGGCGCGCCAGCGUUCAGCCCAUUAAGUUCAAGGAAAUUAGCGGUCCUCAGCCAUUAGCAACGCGGCAUGACCACCGCAGUGGCGCUGUAAUGCCUGACCGCUCUGGUGCGGCCUCCCCUCGGGCAGGUAAAUCUCGUCCAUCUCCAGUACUCUCUACACUCAGGGGACGUUCGUCGGCUGACACACCUAGGCGGAGCCAUGAUUCGUCGAGCCCGCCGGGAACCCUGCCUGGCUCCCGAGCGCGGUUUGGCGACCUGUCCAGAACGCCUGUGGCUACGAGUGCCACUCACCUGCCUCUCCACAGCAGUCCACCUUCCUGUCACACUCCCAAUCGUGCUGUGAGUCCUGCACGCGCAAGGACACCUCUUAAACAAGCCGUGGCUCCCGCAUCCUAUCAGGGGUUUACUUCUGCAUCUACAUCUACAUCACAUCUUUCUUUGAAUUCCUCCAGUCCACCAACGGUAUCAACUUCAGCCCGUAUGCCUUCUGUGGAUGCACCAAGGAGACCCUCAGUUGAUGCGCCACGGAGAAGCUCCAUCGACGUGCAUCGCCGACCCAUGGCCUCCCCUGUGCCUAGAGCAUGCUCCCCUCAGUCUACCGUGCGUCCACGUGCUACAUCACCUUCUCAGCGCACGCCUGCAUGCGCCCAGAAUCGCUUUAAUAUCUCAACUGCUUCCCUUGUCUCUCCUUCCACUCCAGAGCAGCGUGAGGUUAUACGUGCUGCAACUUCGCUUCUUUGCAAAGAAUUACGGAAAGCACCAGCGCAUCUUGCACGUAGUGAUGCACAGAAGGAGUGGGCGGAAGUAGAGGUGCGCAUGCAGCCCUUAAUCAGGCUUGAACGCGUUUGGGGGAAGAGUGGCUGUGCCAGUGCCAGUUCUAGCCAGGUUGCUGGGGGUGUUGGCUCCAUGGUGCUUAGCUCAGCUGGGGAGGAAAGAGAAAGGAAGCUCUUCUGCGAGGCCCUUCGAGAUGGCGUUGUUCUCUGCCAGCUGAUAAACAAGCAUUAUUCUGGGGCCAUAACUCGCAUCGACCACCGUGAAGAUGGUCUUAAGCAAACCAGCAACAUCACCAGGUUCAUUGCCGCAUGCUCGCAACACGGUGUCCCUUCCGACGACAUUUUCUAUCGUGACGACCUUAUCCAGGCGACCCCAGAGACCCUUUGCCGUGUCGCAUGUACCAUCAUUUCGUUGAUGAAGCUUUUUGAAGACCCUGGAGUCGGUCGUGCCAAAGUCAUCGCGGGUCAAGGCAAGAAAGGUGCCAUCGUAGCUUCAAGCAACGACCCUUACUCCUCGGCGAUUUCUUGCGCCGCUUCUUCCACACCGAAUCUGCUACCACGACCAACCUCUCCAGUUCGUAGAAUGCAGAGUCCACAUGAACGAUCACUCCUCCCAGUGCGACCUGAUAGUCCGCAAUCGGGAACAUCUGCUGGCACAGCUAAGAGAGUCCCCAUCAUUGACAGAAGCAUGACACCAGCCAGUAACAACAAUCAUGAAAUCCACCAGGUUCCCCCUCUUACGAGUCCAUGUCCAACCCCUAUAUCUUCCCUUCGUGCGCACUCUCGAACUGGACUUCCAGUUGACAGUAGCGUUAGCCCUCUCUCCAGCCUUCAGCCACUCGACAUUCCCUUCCCUCAAUCACCGACUUCGCAGGUGUCCAAUCUGUCGACAGCGGGCUGUGAUGCAGACUAUCCCCCACGACAGUCAAGAACCUCCAGCAAUCUCACUGAUAACACUGCCCUCUCCAGCAUCUUUGACAUCAGGCGGGUAAGCAGCAGCACCCAAAACAAGUUUGGCACCAUCAGGACUUUCACAACUGAAGCGACCUCUUGCUCUGAGGCGCCUUCGUUUACUCGAACGGAGGCUAGCUCGGUGGCAGCACUCAUGGCAGAAGAGAUGAACAGGAGACGGGGUAGUGGAGAGCCUACACCUCGGUCGAGAGAGCGACGCCCGAGCGAGCCAGGUGUACUUGAUCUGGUUAGCCUCGCAGAGGAAGAGGAGAACAGUGCCUGUGGGUCGAGCUCUAAUCACCAUCAGAAGGAGAGUCUACAGUCUAAGGGACCCUCGCGGGAGCAGGAAACGGACGCGCAGAACCGUGUGCGACUCGGUAAAGGCAAAUGGCCCGACGACUUUCUGGACGCUUUCAAGGCACAAGCUCCAAGUCCAUCUCAAGCAGUUCCAAUUGCAACAUCGUCGAACAGUGUAGAUGCGCCCCUUGGUUCCAGCCCUCUAUCUGUAUCCCCGACCAGAAAGCCUUCCAUUGUUGGAUCAUCACGUCACAACGACAGCACAGAGUCCAGAGUUCGAAGGCCAUCUCAUCGGUCAACCCAUAGCGCGGAGGUCCUAAUGCCGAGGAAUUCAGUGCUUCGUUUGGAUACCAGCUCAGACAAUUCACCAGGCUCCAAAGUCAUUCUGCGUCGUCAGAGUACACGGAAUGGUGUUCGCAGAAAUGGGGUCUACUAUCCUCGUAAUAGCGCCGACGACCCUGGGACUCCAAAGGAUGACGAUCCUCGCAUUGUCCCCUUCCCGCGUGCCGUGUCAGGGGAACAUGCUGCUCGUGCCACGCCAUCUCCCGAUUCUACUGCCAAGGGCAAUGUCACGAAUAACCAGGAUGCUCCCCGUGUGCGUGGUCGCUUCCAGAGUGAUGUUGAAGAUAAUCGAGCUCGAAGAUGCAGUCGUCCAACUUCGCUUGAUGAGUUGGGCAGAGCGCGGAGGUCUCGAUAUGAAAGCAUGGUCAAUCUAGGGGUGGCCUCUGGAAAUACCAGUGCGAGCGACUUACUAUCAAGGGACUCCGGCGACGGAAGCGCCGUACGACAGACCGUAAUAAUCAAGGAAGAAGGGAAACCUGCGACUCAUUUCCAACUCGGAAAUUGCAUCGGCCGCGGGCAGUUCGGCACAGUGUAUCGGGCUCUGAAUCUGACAACCGGACAAAUGGUGGCAGUUAAACGAAUCCGAUUAGAAGGUUUGAAAGAGGACGAAGUUGCCCAGCUCAUGAGGGAGGUGGACUUGAUGAAAAGACUAUCACAUCCAAGUAUUGUGAAGUACGAAGGGAUGGCUCGAGAUGAACAGUACCUCAACAUCGUUCUUGAAUAUGCUGAAAGCGGCUCAUUGGGCCAGAUGCUCAAAGCUUUCGGCAAGUUGAAUGAGCAUCUUGUGGCAGGCUACGUUGUCAAGAUUCUCGAGGGCUUGCAUUACUUGCAUCGUUGCGAUGUUGUCCACUGCGAUUUGAAAGCCGCCAACAUCCUCACUACAAAGACGGGGAAUAUCAAGCUCUCGGAUUUCGGCGUUUCCCUGAACCUGAAAGCUAUAGAACGAGAGAAGGACGUUGCUGGUACUCCGAACUGGAUGGCCCCAGAGGUCAUCGAGCUCAAAGGGGCUUCAACGAAGGCUGACAUUUGGUCGUUGGGAUGCACAGUUGUCGAACUUCUUACUGGACGUCCGCCAUUUGGGGAUAUCACCAACACAAUGACAGUCAUGUUCCGCAUUGUCGAGGACGAGAUGCCAAUCCCUGAAGAAUGCUCCGAGCCGUUGAAAGACUUCCUUCAGCAAUGCUUCCAGAAGGAACCCUCGAUGCGACCUGAUGCUGAGCUAUUGUGCGAGCACCCCUGGCUGAAGAAAAAUUGGGAUGCCCUCAAGGAGCUUCGUCUUCAGGAUAGCAUACCCUUUCUCCGGCGUGUUAGCACUGAUCUACAAAAGACUGACAUUACGCACCUUGCAUCUAUGGAUAUCAACAGAAUCGAAUCACCUUCCUCGGUUCAAGAGGAGCCAUCAAAGUCCCCAAGGCGCAGAUUAUCCAGUGGACCGUCUUCGCCAAUUUCGCUUCCGGAGAAUACCCCAUUCACCGCUAGGGAUCAUUCCUUUAUCAAGACCACCUUUGGGAAACCCAUGGUCUGUAGAGUGUGUAUGGGAAGUAUCAAAAGAAGCGCCGUCAUUUGCGACAAGUGUAAUCUCAUCACUCACUCGAAAUGUGCUCCUGAAGCUCCUCCCACAUGCGACCUUCGCUCUCAACUGUUACUUUACGCACAGUACGCCGAGCAAGGAAGCCCUGCUGGUAUCCCGUUCGAUGGAUUGAAUGGGCUACAUCCUCAUCCAUCGACGAUUAUUCCUUCUGAAGUCUCCUUCGCUACACCUUCUCCUCGACCAAGCACGGACAUCACGCCGUCAUCACAAUUACUAUCACCCACUCCUCCCAACGUCUACAAGCUUAUAAAUCCCUUCAAACGUUCUCGUUCUUCCCUAGCAGCAGAGAAUAGGUCUUCCCCUUUGGCAUCGCCGUCAUCGAUGCCUCAGCCUCUGUCUCACGAUGAUGUCACUCCCAAGCGAAAACCCUCUAAGCUCUCACCGAAUAUGAUCUCGAAAGAACGACCUCCUUCAUUGUCAAGUAAUGGUACUGCCCCCAAUGUCGGUAGCAUGAAGAAGGCUGACAGCCAGUCCAGCCGUCAAGAACCGGGCGGUAAAUCCUUCUUUUCAAUAGUUGAGCCUGAUACAGAUACAAUUCCACAACCUGGUCCACCAGUUCCCGACAAGAAACCAUUUUAUGCCCAUGCUACGACCGCCACUCUCAAUGAUCGUAUGGACAGUUCAUUACGCCACAUUCCGGGCACAGUGCCCAACGAACCUGACCGUCACAAAAAACGGGCAGCGGAGAAACCAUCAGGCUGCACUGUUCAGUGACUCUUCUCUCUCAUCUACUGUCAUCCUCGCCUGCACCAAUCAUCCGAUCAUAGCAUGAUUCAGAUACCGUCAUGGACACUGUACCACUAAAGUCCUUAGUGCUUUUACCCAUUUAUUACUGAUCACUACUAUACUGUUCAUUAAGACGUAUCUUAAUAUAUACUCUACUUUUAGCACUUAUAGCCUGGUGCAAUAUCUAAUAACCAACCACCUCAAGUUCA